CAUGCAUAUGCAUGACCUAUAAUUACAAGGUUACAUAGCAGUUGUGUGUGUGUGUGUGUGUGUGUGUGUGUGUGUGUGUGUGUUUUGAUCUGUAUCAGUGAAAAGAAGUAUGUAUUAAAACUGGUGUAUUUGUCAGUGUUGAUGUGAGUCUGGUAUCAUAUUUCAGUGCUCAUUGCUGAUGUCAUAUUUCAGUGUACUCUACAUGCUACCUCUAAUGUCCUGACAUAUUUAAUCUUACAGCCCAAACUGUAAUAUAUAUACUAUAUGGCCAAAAGUAUGUGCGCCCCUAACAAUCACUCUUGCAUGUGCGGAUCAGUGUGCACUCAGCUACAAGAGCAUGAUUUAGUUUGGGUACUGAUAUUGAGGAAGUCUGAGGUUCAAAAGGUUUUCCAGUUUAUUCCAGAACACUUGAGUUGUACCACUCGAACCCUGGCACACACCAUGUCUUUAUGGACUUCACAUUGUUAUGCUGGAACAGGUUUGAGGCCUCUUAGUUCCAGAGAAGGGAAAUGGUAAAGCUGUAUAAUUAUGUGGCAACAGUUUGGGGAAGAAGAUCUUUUGUGGUGGGCAGGUGUCUCUGUACUUUUGGUUUGUGGUAAUGCACAGAAAGAAUACAGAAACUAUAUAAACCACUAAAAGUGUGAAUAGACACUGAGGACUAAGUUAAAAAAAGCAGAAGUUGUCAGUGUAAGUGUGUUUAAUUGAUUUCCUCAGUCGAUUGUCUCAUUUAGAGGACAUUUAACGGUAAAUAAAAAGGUCUGUGUUUGUUUUGAUGCCUGUGCUGUGUAUUAAGUCAUACUGGAAAUGGGGGAAGAGUCUUUGGCUGUACUUCUUUAUGUGCAAUGUGUAUUGGUUUUGACACCGAGGCAGACAUUGGGUUGUGUCCUCAAUUGAUCUUACGGUGCAGGGACACGGAGUUGGGUGAAAAAUUCCAGAUUGGAAACUUACCAGAAAUCUAUGGGAAUUUAUGUCGAAUCAUUAGAAAUUUUGGGGAAAUUGUAUAUAAACUGUAUCAUAUACAAUCAUAUAAAUAUAAUCUUUUUGUUUAAUCAUAAACUGACAUGCAUGCAAACUAAUCCAGAUAUAAAAAAGAAAUUUUUGCCUGAUGUAAUAAAAUGUAUGUAAUGUUUCUGAAAUGUAUGUGAAUACUCACGAAGGUGGACAUUAUUUUGUGUUUUAACCAAGAUAUUUUUUUUCAACCACAAUUAAGUUUCCUGUUAUUGGAUAACCUGCGAUUUUAAAAUCCCAAUUUAAUCCCAUUAAUACGUGUAAAGUCUCCAGCCUUGAAAAUCCUUGGAAUUUUGCAACCCUAUCCGCAAACCUUUCUGUAUAAAAGUGGUAAAUGAUGAUGAUGAUGAUGAGGGUGGAUGAAAACUUGAAUAAUAAACGGCUCCAAACUUUGACCCUCAGUGUGAGAUUGUGUGCUGCACUUAAACAGGCAGUAAAAAAGUGUUUUUACUUAGUUUAUGUGUGUCUCGGUUAUAUAACGUAAUAAACACACUUCCGUGCGUGAUUUAUUUACUACCUCUGCCCCAUCCUGUAUAAUGUCAUUGAACCUGUUUGGUGUUUAUUGUCCGGGGAUGAAACCGGUUCUGAAGGACAGAUUUUUACAAGGAGACGUAUCUGUACCGUUGAGUUUCUUGACCUGCAAUAACCUCUUGUGACCUGAAUGUGUAUAUAUAUAAUUUUUGCCUCAUCAUUGUGAAUCUGUGAAAAAUUCACUUAUUCGACGUACAGGAGUGCAGCUUCGUGUAUCUUAAAGCGCCUCUGAAAGAAAAAUCUUUGAACCUUGCAUUGCAUAUUAACCGUUGCACCAUGAUCAGGGUGAAUGAUCAAUUCACACACAAGGGUGUUGUUAAAGUGAGGUGGGUGAAGGGAGGAUGUCAGUGUUCACAUUCAUUCUAACCCAUGUGAAUCAUAUCUGCAUGGAGUUCGCUUUGUGCACCGAGGAACUGUCAUGCUGGAUCAGCUUUGGGUCUCCAAGUUCAAGUGAAGGGAAAGUUUCAUGCUAACAGUGGUAACCGUGGUAACAGGGGGGAAAAAGGUGUCCCAAUACUUUUUUCUCUUUUUUUUUUGUUGGCAUUUGUCUUAUUUGCUUUAAUUCUGGUCACACUACAGGAAGGAGACAAUAGACAACGAAGUGCAUGAUGAACAUGUAGAUCAAUUCAUUCCAGGAGUGUUUGUGUCUGUGAAGGAUAUGGUUUUGUGUACAGAGUUCUCACGUCUGAUCGUGUGGAGCAGAUGACCAAGACCUACAAUGACAUUGAAGUGGUCACACACCUGUUGGCUGAGCGGGAUCGGGAUCUAGAGCUGGCUGCUCGGAUUGGCCAGUCUCUGCUGCAGAGGAACCAUGUCCUUCAGGAGCGCAACGAAUCACUGGAGGAGCAGCUCGCGCAGGCGCUGGAUCAGGUCCACCAGCUGCAGCAUGAGCUGAUAAAGAAGGAUGAGCUUUUGCGAGUGGUGUCGAGUGUGAGUGAGGAGAGUGAAACAGACUCCAGCUCAUCUCCAUCGCUCCCCUACACUCCCUCUGCACACACACUCACACACACACUGACACUCAGCCAGCUGGAGGCACUGCAGAGCAAACUGCAGGAGCUCGAGGAGGAGAACCAGAAACUCCGGGUAGAGGCUUGUCAGCUGAAGAAAGAGACCAUAACAUACGAGGAGAAAGAGCAGCAGCUGGUCAGCGAUUGUGUUAAAGAGCUCCGUGAGUCGAACACUCAGAUGGUGAGUCUGACUGAGGAACUUUCUCAGAAGAAUGAAGAUCUGAUGAAGCAGCAGGAGGAAAUCUCUCAGCUCCUGUCUCAGAUCGUGGGGCUCCAACAGCGCCUCAAACAGUUAGCGCUGGAGAAAGAAGAGCUGAGGAUUCAUCUACAAGCCUCAAAGGAUUCCCAGAGACAGCUUACUGCUGAGCUAAAUGAACUUGCUGACAGGAAUGCAGAAUGUGUAGGGAUGCUGCACGAGUCCCAGGAGGAGGUGAAGGAGCUGCGCAGUAAGAUCGCGCCGUCCUCAGGGCUGCGCAGACAUCUCUCCCACAGCCUCUACCCCAUGGAGUGUCUAGCCGCUGAGAUUGAAGGCACCAUGAGGAAGGAGUUGAGUGUAGAGGAGGAGAUCGUGUUUCAGGACCAGAGGUCGAGCCAUAAGCGUGUGUUUCAGACAGUGAGGUCAGCGAAUGAGUCGAUAAUUCGAGCAGGAGCAGCAACACCUCCUAUUCCCGGGUCAGGGCACUGCGGCGUGGUUAUGACGUCGCAGCCGUUUCACUCCAGCACACACCAAACACCUAAUGAAGACGCACAGCACGCCACGGACAGCAGCGUGUUCGUGGGGUGUCCCGGGUCUCCCGGAGGAAGCGACCUCGUCUCUGCGCUGCGUCGCCUCACUCUGAGGAGGCAGAAUUUCCUGUGUGAGCGCCAAUACUUUCAGGCCGAGAAGAACCGGAAGCUGCAGGAGCUCUCCGAAGGGGUGGAGUCAGAGGGUGGCAGCAGCGGCUGCAGCUCUCCAACAGGAAGCGUCCGCUCAUCCUUCACCAACCUGUCGGAGUUUUCAGUGUCCUCCAGCUGUUUCAGGACCUUUUUACCUGAAAAGCUGCAGAUUGUAAAGCCCAUUGAGGGCUCUCUGACCUUGCACCACUGGCAGCAGCUGGCAAAGCCUCACUUGGCCACCAUCCUCGAUCUGCACCCCGGGGUGGUCACUAAGGGCUUUAGGCCCCUCCCCCAGGAUGCUGUGUAUCAUCUGAGCGACCUGGAGGAGGAUGAGGAGAAUGACAAAGCGCCGUGGAUGGACAACACAAAGACUGAAGAUGAAGGGAUCACGUUCAAUGUGCGCUCGUCCUCCACCCCGGAUGGAAGAAAAGAGAGGAGUGUUUUUACGCCACUCAAAGCCCCGCCUCUUUCUCCAUCUGUACGAGCGUCUCCUGUCUCCUCGGCUGCAGCAGUGACCUUUGACACCUUACUAAACCUGGCUUCGGGUUCCACGUCACUUCCUGUGUAUCAACCAGGCCUGGGUGUUACUACAACAGCACCCUCUAUAGCAGUGAAUCCUGGUAAGUGCCAGAGCUCCACGUUCUCCACCUACACCUUCACCACCUGUCGCAUCCUGCAUCCUAGUGAUGUCACACAGGUCACACCCAGCUGUGCGACCACCCCAAGUUCUCUCCGCUCCGUCCCCUCCACUCCGGUCACCCCGUGCAGGUUGAGUCUGGGUGACUCAUUUCCUCCUCGCCGUGCCACAGCACCCCCUGCAGGCCUGGCUAAGCUCCUGUUGGAGAAAGGCAUAUCUGCCCAGAAAGUUCCUGCUUCCUCCAAACCUCCUCAGCCCCUGCACCUGCCCCCCAAUACCCCUCCUAACUCCCUCUGCCCCUCCCCUGUACCCUUUGAGUCCACCUCCACACUUUCCGACAACUUCCUGACGUCGCGGCCGGCCGAGUUCUUCCUGCAGGACGUGUACGGUGUGAAACCCGACCUCGUCGAGCGUCUGCGCAAGCUCGGAUUGGACAAACCCGUCAUCCGGGCCGACUCAGACACCGCUCACUGCCCGUCCACUCUGUUACCCACAGGAGGAGGGAGCUUGUUGGUGGGUUUGAGGCGGAACCAAAGCUUGCCAGCUAUGGUUGGUCAACGCAGCCCUUCUUACCCUGCUCCGCCCCCUCAUCCUACCUCCCUCGCUCUGCACACACCUUCCUGGGGUAACUUGAAACCACGCCCUACUCGUAGACACGCCUCCCUUUCUCAAGCUUCUUCCCGUCCAUAUGAGCAUUAAAGAGUGAAAACGGGGAUUUUCAAUCGGACGAGAAUGUAUCGUGUGGGUGUGGCCAAAGGGUAUGGCGUAAACACUGACCUUUUUUCUUUCUUUUUUUUUUACCUUUGCUUGCCUUCUUGUUCACUAACUUCUAUCAGAAAGCACAAUUGUGUAAAUAGAUGUUUCGGCGUAGUUCUGAGACUAGUCGUUCGUAUCAGCGAGAAAUAUUAUGUCCAGAUUGGCCAGGAUCAACAAGGGUGGAGAUUUGAGAGGUGGAGCUUAAGGGCGUGAGCACAUGGCCUUAGCGUUGGCUCUUAUUUCCUUUUCAUAAAGCCUGAAUAUGCUGUCUUUACCAUGAUAUCUUGCGAGCAAACUCUACAAUGCGUUAGCCCGUAUAUAGCGAGCAUCCAGAUUCUAAUCCCGCAUAUAAUAAUAAUAAUAUUCACCUUAACCAUAGCUAGCUUGCUCGGAAACAUGAUUAGCUAUAUGUAGUAAAUGUUGAACAGAAAGGGAUACCAGGCUAAUGUUCUGUUUUCUUUUUUAACUAGCUGUCUAGAUUAGCAAGUCAGACUGGAUUGUGUAAAUGAGACCAGUACUUUAUGCUAAACACUGCCCUUGUUUACUCAGGAAGCUUUCAUCCGAACAAUAUUUUCCCCCUACUACAUUGAAGCAUCUCAGCCUCUGAGUUCUAGUCACGGGGUCUGGUUAUCCACGAGGCUCUGCAGGACAAGAAAGGUGAGAGAACUUUGAAGAUGGAUACUGCACGUAGGGGCAAAGGGGAAAGGAAAGUGUGUUAGGGAGUAAAUUAGCGCUUUGCUAUGGGUAUGGUACAUUUUUGAAAGUCUGAGGUAAGUCGCAUAUAAGAAUGGGUCAAGAAGGUGACUUAAAGGUGAUGGAAAAGUCGAAUAAGAGGAAGAGAAUAGAUGAGAAUGCAGAGCCUCUGGAAACCAGGCGUAGUCAACACUUUGGAUCCGAAGGUUGAGAGUUCAAAUCCCAGCUACACUAAGCUGGGCCCCUAAACAAGGCCCCUGACACUGUAGCGGCACAGUUGUACGAGUCUAUGGAUUCCAUGUUCGCUGUACUGUGAGGGAUUUAACAGUACAUUAGGUAAGAUAGUCGUCUCCUUGGAGCACUGAACGUUCGGUAGGUCUCACAUUCGAUUGAAGUUCACGAAGCUCCGCCCCUCUCAGAUCCUACAGUGAGCCGUAGAGAGUGUAUAUAUAAAACAACUGACAGGUGAGUAGAUUUUCAAACUCGUUUUUUUCCUGCGAUUUCUUUAUCAUGUACUACAUAUCAAGCGUGUAUCGAGGGACGAGAGUCUCAAAGCCGAUUGAAGAAUAUUGUCUUCAGGGAGGAAAAGGAGGGACGUGGACACGCCCGUGUUACGUAUUUCAUUUAUAUCGCGCUUAUAAUGAAGAGAACGCGUGUGCAAGUCCGCCUCGAAAUUUACACAGUAUUUAAAUACGGAUUUUAGGUUACUGUUUGUUUAAAGUCCUCGUGUCUGAGUAUCAUCCAGGUUCUCUGGUUUCCUUUAACUCCAAGAACAUGUUAGUGUGUAGUAUCUAAUUUAAAUGUGUGUGAAUAUCUGCCUGCCUCGAAUACGUUCCGGAUAAAACCCUGACCCGCUCAUUACCACGGUUCAAUAGUAAUAUUUCAGAACGCUGUGUUCUGAUUGGCCGAGACCACUAACAACAUGACACACAAAUCAGUAUUAGCAUUAACGUUUCUGAACGUUUUUUUCUCAUGACGCAGAGACUCCGUGACCCUCCUCAGUCUCCACUUUGCCACUGAAGUUUCCUUUAUAUUCAAUGCACUUUUUUUUUUUAUAUUUUAACCAACUAACAUACUCAUAUUUAUUCUGAAAUGACCACGUCGGAUCUACAGAGCACAGUCAGGAGGCAUGAAGGAAUUUUAUUAAGCACUUUUAUUUAUAUUUCGUGAUAUACUUUGCUUGUGUGAGUUUAUUCUGGCGAAAAAAAAGGGUUCGCUUUUUUUAAAACGUUUUCGUCCAGGUCCAAACCAAAACGAACCUGAUCUGACCAGCUUUUUCUUUUUUUGCUGGCUCGGCUUUAUUACUGUUAUUUGUUAUAAUAAUAUUUUUGUUUUUUGUCAGCUAAACACGUAUGUUUGGUGGAUGUUGUGGGCAAAGUCUGGCUUUUUUUGUGCCUUUUUUUUUUUUUUUUUUUUUUUACCAGCCAUUGGAUAAUGCACUAAAACAGGGCGGGGCUUGUAAGGUCACAACGUCUUCAGGUGUUUUUUUUUCUUUCAUAUAAUUUAAUAGACUUAAAAUAAAUUGUGCCGUGAAUUUAUAGCCAUGUUUUUCUGUAUAAAUCCUGCUGGAAAAAAAUAGUAGAAACCAUCACAUGUUGUAAAUUCCACUACCAUUACAAACUAUCAGGUGUUUAACCACUCAAACCAAAGUGUGGAGAUUAGUCAGAAUCUGGAUGCUUAAUGGUGUCCUUAUGGUCCCUAUUGGUGUACCAUGCGUUCUCCAAGUGGCUAAAUUGGUCUUUAAGACAUAACAUGCCACCACCAAUAGAAGGCAUCUAAUUACCACUAACAUCAGUUUCCAUUAAAACCAAUAUAAUUCCCAUUACAAAUUCUAUAGGUUUUUUUCCAGCAGAUUUUUUUUAACAGAUGUAAAUAGUGCAGAUUAUUUACUCCAAAAUGUUCCACCCAUUUUACAGUAUAUUGCUUGUCUAUUACAAUGGUGUCCUAAUGCCAUAUUUCUGAACAUUGCGUGAAAAAUUAUAGCUUUGUAGCUCCAAUUUAAAUCUAACUACCGUCUAUCUACUGUCCUCGUCCUCACUUACAUCAUCUCAGACACACACAGGGUGAGUGAUGGAGACGACGUCUUUGCCCUGAGGAUGUGUUUUUACGACAUUUAUUCAAUAAGCACAUUGAUAUGACUGUUGCCCCGACUAAACCCCGAUCAGUGCCGAUUUAUUGCCUGAUUUUGUUUGUUUUUGUUUUUUAUAAUAAAGCAAUGAAAAAAUGCA